UAUAUUAUUGUCGAGACGUUUAUUACACCGCGACGGCAAUUUGCGCGAAGAAACCGUCGAGAAAAGACCGACUCACGAGCAAUUAAUUUCGCUGUCGCAGUCUCACGCUUUUCAUCCGUCACAAAUAAGCGAACGGCAAUUAUUCUCAGUCGCUCGAAUAUCUUCGAUUAGCAGUCGUAAUCGUCGUUAUCAGCUCGAAUAAACGUAGAUAGUAUCGUGCGCUGGAUCUAGAUCGUCAAAAGUGCAGCAGACUCUAUCCCGGCAAAGCAAUACCUGCGAAAACCGUUUAAAAGGAAUAGAAAUGCGUGUAGCUGUCGUGGGUGCCGGGGUAAUAGGAGUAACGAGCGCGUUUGCGGUGAAAAGCGCUUUUCCAAGCUACGACGUGAAGAUCUUCGCCGAUGCAUUCUCACCUGAUACCACAGGCGAUGGGAGUGCUGGUCUAUGGAGUCCCUAUCUUCUCGGUGACACACCCGUCGACAAUAUAACUCGAUGGGCUGGUCGCACUCAUCGCUGGUUCGAGCAGUUGUGGAAAGCCGGAUUAUCAUCGCUAACGGGCGUUUCUCUGGUGCCUGUGACUCGCGUUACCAGCGACAAAGACAAUGUUCAUCCCGAAUGGGAAAAACUCGUCUACGGCUUCCAUAAAGUCAGUGACGAGUAUUUACGGCGCUUGAAUGAGCAACACAAGUCCAACUAUAAGCAGGGUUAUCAUUUUGUUACUUACACCGCGGAGCCGACGCUAUUGUUACCCUGGCUCAUGAAGAAGUUCGUUACUCUAGGCGGAAAAAUGGAAAGAAGAAACGUUAAAAGGCUGCACGAGUUAGCCGAGGAAGGGUACGAUUUGAUAAUAAAUUGCAGCGGACUCGGUGCACGAGAGCUUAUCGCAGAUAAAACGAUGACACCCAUCAGAGGUCAGAUAUACAAGGUAAAGGCGCCUUGGACGAUGCAGUGUUUUCUAGUGGAUGACGAUGACGAUUGCAAUUACAUUAUUCCUAACAUGCACAGCGUUGUACUGGGAGGUACGCAUCAGGAGGGUGACUUCGAUCGCUCGGUUCGAGAAGAGGAUUCAGAACACAUUUACAAGGGGUGCUGCCGCUUGAUGCCGUCCUUACAGGCGAGUCAGAUAAUUCGCGCAUGGGUAGGCCUUCGACCAGGACGACCGCGAGUUCGUCUAGAAUGCGAGGCGCUAAACACACCUAUGGGACGAGAGUUCAAGGUGAUACACAAUUACGGCCAUGGCGGGAGUGGCGUGACGCUGUGCUGGGGGUGUGCCUUGGACGUCGUGGAAAUGACAAGAAACUUGAAAGUACCUAAAUUAAACUCCAAACUAAACGAGGGUGUAGCAGACGGCGAAAGCGCCGGUGAGUCCGACACUAGCCUCGACGAACAAUCCCGCAAGUCCGUAUUCCAGAAUCGGAAAUCCGUCCUUCUCAACGAUUCCUCGAACGUACCCUCGUCUGCAGACAACAGGAUAAGUGUUGCCAAGCAUGGUUCCGAGCUGUGUCGUUGGAAAGUUACCACGGACAAAGGCAGUAAUACAGACGCGUUGCACGCGGAGAACAAUUCGGAACGGCGCAAAAGAGAAUAUGUGGAAGAAACGUCGAAGAUUAAGAAGAAGAGGAGGCAGAGAUUUUUAACGAUCUGCACGGCAAACUGCAAGUACGAAGUGGUGAGACGCGUGGCGGCGCGAUUCGGGAUGAGGGAGGUCACGGAGGACAGCAGCUGGGACCUUUAUUGGACCGACCUGAGCGUCAGUAUAGAGCGUGCCAAGGACAUGAAGAGGUUCCAGAGGGUCAAUCACUUUCCCGGAAUGACGGAGAUAUGUAGGAAGGAUCUGCUCGCUCGUAAUCUCAAUCGCAUGCUGAAACUGUUCCCGAAGGACUACAACUUCUUCCCGAAAACCUGGUGCUUCCCUGCGGACCACGGCGACGCGAUGACCUAUGCCAAGUCGCGGAGAUCGAAGACUUUCAUCGUCAAGCCGGACACUGGCUGCCAAGGGCGCGGAAUUUAUUUGACCAAACACUUGAGGGACAUCAAGUCGAGCGAACGUCUGAUCUGCCAAGUGUACAUCGCAAGGCCCUUCCUAAUAGACGGAUACAAAUUUGAUCUACGCAUCUACGCGCUAAUUACAUCAUGCGACCCUCUCAGGAUCUACGUGUACAACGAGGGUCUUGCAAGAUUCGCGACGAGCAAGUACAAGGAACCGUCCGGCCACAACACGUCUAAUAUGUUCAUGCACUUGACAAAUUAUUCCGUUAACAAGCACAGCCGAAUGUACAUUAUCGACGACGAGAUCGGUAGCAAGAGAAAGAUAUCAACGCUGAGCAAGUGGAUGAAAGCGAGGGACGUCGACGUGGACGAGCUAUGGGACAAAAUCGACGGAAUUAUAACUAAAACCGUGCUCGCCGCGUAUCCCGUGCUGAAACACAGUUAUCACGCGUGCUUUCCGAUGCACAAUAAGACUUUCGCGUGCUUCGAGCUCUUGGGAUUUGAUAUUCUACUCGAUUGGAAGCUCAAACCUUAUCUUCUCGAAGUAAACCACUCGCCCAGCUUUCACACGGACACUCAACUAGAUAAAGACGUGAAGGAAGCAUUAUUGACGGACACCUUUAACAUAUUACAUCUGCAACAAUGCGAUAAGAAGAAGAUAAUAGAGGAAGACAAGAAGCGGAUCAGAAAGCGACUUCUUCAGGGCAUAAACGGAAAGAAUUGCAAUCAAACUAACGAUAUGACCGCUCCAACAAAAUCCGAGAGGAACGAGGACGAUUACGUACAGAGACAGUUUCAGUGGGAAGACAACCACAUGGGCAAUUUCCGAAGAAUUUAUCCGUGCUCAGGGGAGGAUAAGUACCAGUCUUUCUUCACACAGAAUGCGCUUUCCGUUUUCCAAGACACGGUAGCGUCGAGAGCGCGAGAAGAAGCGUCGAGAAUAGAGAGAGAAGAGAAUGAACUGAGAGCAAAGGAGGAACAUAAAAGAUUAUCCGGGAAAUGCAGCGAGCCAAAAUUGAGCUUUGAAAAUCCGUACGCAUCGAAGAAACUGCAAGAGAAGUGCAAAUCCGCAGGCGUACCUAAGAGGAACAUCAAUAAACAGGAUACACAGGGAUCCCCUGCCAGGGACGCCCUGUACUCCUUCGAGCCUGAAAUCAUAUCGGAGUCUGAGGAGAGAGAGCGAAUAACGGCUCUAGCACAGAGGGAUUUUCUCAUCAAGAGCUACGGCAUGCUCGAGCAGAUAUACAUGGCGAUGAAGAGGAACGGCACGCUGCGACCCGCUGAUGAGAGGAAGUACGGGUUGUAUGGCAGGCUGGGGCUGUACGCGAACACAAACCACAGCACAUGUUGCUCCUCGCACAGACUCCAUCAUCGUCAAAACGGUCAUCUGGAUGCCACGCAACUAACCGCGGACCAAUGCUUGCAGCGUUCCGUCAGAGAAACCGAAGUAACAAUAUUCCGGUUGAUGAAAAUUCACAAGACCAUGGAACACGAACGUAACGUUAGGAAUUCAAAUAAAAAUUUGUGGAUAACAUGUAACGAGGCGCUCGUUUACGUUCGUCCAAAAAUACCGCAAACAUUGUGGGCGGAGGAGAUGAACUGCAGCAAUCACAGGGGUCGUGUAACAAAAGCACACGUUGCCAGAACGUUGUCAAAUACCGUGCGUCUGCACACGAUUGAAAAGAGAGAAUCCUUCCAUUCGUUGAAAUCUACUAAAACUGACGUUGCUACCCAACGCUGAGGAUAAAAUUGGCAUUUUCGGGAAUAAACGAAAGAGCGAGGAAACGGCUUCGACGUAACAGAAUGAUAAAAGAUUACAUUUUCAUGCGAAAAUCAGAAACCAUCGAUUAAUAAAAUUGAAAGGAAGAAACUUUGAGCGACUAUCGCAAAGGCGCUGCAAUAUAAUUUCUCGACGUUAAUUCUGCUAACAUUUCGAUCAAGAAGAUAAUAAUAAAUCUUUAUAAUUGAGAAAAAUAGUUUCACGUUAAAUGUAUUGUUAUAAGGAAGAUAUCGCUCUGCCACGUUAGGUAUACUUCGUAGCUUUACUGCCAAGAGAAAUUGCAACGUGAGAAAAACUGUGACUCGUCCAAUAAUCGGAAACGUAUCAUUAGGACACAUGCGUGAGCGGAUGCUAUUUCAAGGUAGAGAACAGUAAUAUAAAAAUCAACAAUAUAUCGAUUUGUUAUUUAAAGUGCCAUAUAUAAAUAUGUACAAUAGAUAUAAUGAGUGAACAUGUACACGUCGCAUAAGAAUGGGAGUUAGGUACGCGUCGCUGCGUAUGCAAAAUGGUCUCACAUACGUACGCCAGUCUAUAAUAUGUAUAACAAUUUUUAUUGCUGAUAUAUAUUCUGUAUUCACAUGAUAAAAAAUAAUCUAUGAACAAUUUGUCGCGUACUGGUUUUGCCCCGUUCAUGAUAUUGCGUCCACGUUGUGCUAUCGUUUAUCGCGGCGUUAUCGCCGGCACACGCUUCCUUCAAGCUUCUUCUCGCGUGCGUCUUCUCCUGUUUGCGUUUAUAGUCUUCUCGUUCCGUGUGUCGCAAUCGGUAAUCGGUAAUAAUCGAGCUUGUGGUGGACGCGAUCGAGUGUCACGAGUGUAAUCGAGAGAAUCCAAAAUUCCUUUUCCGUUCCGCGGUACAACAAUUAAUUCGCAUUAUACAAAAUAAUAUUGUGUGCACGAUCGUGAAACGGCGGUGCGCUGAAUUAACGACGCGACAAUGUUCGCAACGCGUUGCCCUCUCUUUUAAAUUUCUAACACGCGCGAUCAGACCUCCUACAAGUUUGUUACAAUUUUUCUUCCCCGUACAAUCGGAGGGGAAAACCGCGUAACGCGUUAAGUAAUAGCGACACUUUGCAAAAUCGACACGCGGCGAUGUGAACAUCGGCUCCCUCGACUGCAACCUGCAACCCUCCUUACGUUAUGUCAUUUAUAAGAACAAGAAUUAGUGUGCGAGAUACAUCCAACACAUUACGAUCAGUGAUUCAUUCUUCUUUUUUUUGUUCUUUUCAUUUUAACGUGUGAUAUAUAUUAUUUACAUAAAACCACUGUGACCGCGGCGAAUAUUUGCGCGUCUCAUUUGAUUCCCACCAUAUUAAAGUCUUAGAUAUAGAAAGGCUUAUGUACAUAAAGUAUCAAUAGUAUUUACGAGAUAGCCUAUAUAUACGUGUGUGUGUGUGUAUAUAUAUAGUAUAUCUUAUAAAAAGAGAACUCAAGACCGUAAAUGUAUAUUAUAAUAUGCGCAAUAUUUCCAUCUCCAAAAAGUCGGCAUGUCUCGGUAUAUAUAUAUAUACACCUAACUUUCGCUGAAAAUCAAGGUAACUAUACGUGAAGGAAGUGCAAUGAGACAGAAAUAAUUGGACACAUACGAAAUGCAUUUGUUUCGAACAAAUUUUUACACAGGGGGCGGGGGUGCGAGGGGGAGUUAAACUGCCGCGCGAAAUGAAUCGGGAAAGCAAUCAUCGACAUAAUCCACAUGCAUGCUCCCACAUGUCACGAGUGUGUAGCAGUUGCCUUGGGAAAAUGAUAUCGCCUUAUAAUUUAAAAUUCUGCGUGAAACGGACAUUAUCUUUAGUCACUUAAAUUACAGCUCAUUUGUUUGUACUAGAAAAACGAUUUCCUCCACUGCCUCAGAGCCUGUGGGACUGUGAGUCCCAUCCGUGAAUCGCUUAAUCCCCCGUAUCUCAUUCUCAACUUUCGUAAUAAAAGCAACGUUAACAGGUUUCAGCGUGAUCUUCCUCCCCAUAUGAGAAAAUAUAGAAAGAAGAUAUGUAAAGAUGGUACUCUAUUCGUUGUAAUACUAGUAUGAGCAUUAUGUAGUUACAGGAUCCUGUGUAUGUUACUCACAUGUAAUAUGCGUUAGAAACGAUUACAGUAAAAA